UUUCUCCAGCGCACUGUGGAUAAAAAUAGACUAAAGUAAGGGUGAAUCCGCUCGAUCUGGCAACCCAGAUUUCAGGCAGCGGGACUGCGUCGAGCGACGCUGCUGCUGCUUCUGUGAAGAGGUGUAUGAUUUAAGGAGACAAAGAAACGCCUAAAACAGACACUGUUAUGUUGAAAUAAAUUAGAUAUGACUGAUGUGGAGGCAACGUAUGAAGACUUCAUAGCCUCUGGAAGGACGGGCAGAAGGAAUGCAGUGCAUGACAUCCUGGGGGAAUCAGGAGGACUGGACGCUAGCGGACUCUCGCAGACGCUUUCUGAGCUUAACGUCAACAAAACAGAUGAAGGGAACAAUGGAGAGAAAAGCUCGAGCUCCUCAGACUCUGAUCCCAAACCUGAGGAGAGCAAAGCGGAGGGAACGUAAAGGACUCCUGUGCCAUUAGAAGGACAGAGAGAUCUGUCUCCAUCAGUUCCAUCCUGUGGCAAUUUGAGAACCAGACAUGGCCUGGCGGACACGGCGACGCCGUCUACCAGUCUGCCCUGGACUCAGCCGAGGUACUGCCUUCACGGCAUUCGGAGGAAAAGGCUGGACUUGUAGCUUCAGCACCGGAUGAUACCAUAGCUGAUGUACCGUAGGCACUCCCUUAGCUAAUCACUGUUCGUUGUUAGCUGUGGAAAUGGAGCUAAACCUCUCAGAGCUGCUCAAGACCUAGCAGAAGAUUCGUAGGAUCUUCUCGGAUCUUCUCAGCGUUUGACUUUCCGUCACAUGGAGUCAUGGAGGGAAACAUUUUUUGAUCCACUGCCAAGUUAGCCAUGUUUCAGUGUUCUUAAUUUGUAUAAGUAGUGGUGGUGUUGUAGUAGCUUACCUUUUUACGUAUUUAAAUAUUCAUUCUGUGUUUUAAUCAGGUUUUGGUUUUCCACGUAACGUUUCAGCCGAUGUUCUUAUCGACUACACGCAAGAAAUGACGUUUUUUCCACGUAACACAGAACGGAUGAGUUAAAUGUCACUGAAAACGGUCUAAAAAGUGAUGCAUGACACCUAAAUAUAAUUCAGAGAAUAUACAUGUACAAAAUAUGCAGCUGUGUAAAAGUGAGCUAAACGUUUGUGGUAUAUUUCUUUCUUUUUGAUUUUAUUUUUUAAAUAAAAAGUAAACAAACAAACAGAAAAAAUUAAGCACAUUUUUUUGGUCAACACGGCCCUGGAUUUAUUUAUUAUUUAUUUAUUUAUUUAUUUUUGAGCUCACCUUGAUGGAUUUUUAAUAUAUAUGUCUUCCACUUUUGUUCACGUUGUUGCUCGGUGUGACGUUUUUUUGGUAAUAAACAUAACCGAAUGAU